GUUAUUGAAAUCAAACGAAUCGCGUGAUUUCGCCAACGCGGACGCACAACAGACUCCUGCUCCGGAUCCGUGGCUGAUCAUGGCCAACAAUAGCUUCUGGUUGAAGAUCGCGGCACUUGCCAUCUGCUGCGUAUUGAAUGUGUAUUUGUUUCUGAUCUCCUGGAGCAUUAGCUAUCGCGAUGCGCUCACCGUCGAGCAGGUGCGUUUCCGCGAGGAGAUGCCCACAAUGGACAGCUGGGUGAACUCACCCUUUGGCAAGCUGAAGAGCUACGUAUUCAAUGUGACAAAUGCGGAGGAGUUUAUGAGCGGACGCGACGCGCGAGUCAAGCUGCAGCAGGUGGGACCCAUUGUCUACAAGAUUGUGGGCUACAACGAUGUGCUCAAUCGGACAGAGACGAGUGUGACCUAUCGCAAGCAUCGCUAUCGCCAUGUGGAGUUCGUGCCCGAGGAGAGCGUCUCGCCGGACAUACUCAACCAGACCAUUGUCCAGUUCAAUAGCGUCCUGAUUGGAGCCGCCGCCAAAUACAGCGAGGUGCCCUUCGCCUGGAUGGGCUUCAAUCCGUUGACCAUUGCCGAGCCGGUGUUUCUGCCGGGCAGCGUCUAUUAUUUUCUCUGGGAGUACACACGGCCCUCGCUGGAGGCCAUCGGCAAGGUGAUACAGCUGGACACCAACUGUGGCACGCUCUUCAAUGCACUCAAGGAGAAGGAGGAGGUGUACACGGUGAAUAUUGGACCCGAGCCGGGCAUCGAGAACUUCUUUCGCAUACAAAGCCUCAACGACGAGCAACUGAUCCAGGAGCGCCUGAAACGCAGCCGCUCAGAGCCGGACGAGAGCUGUCCCAUCGAUGUUGUCGGCACCUUGGACAAUUCCCUAUAUCCGCCCUUUGUGCACCGGGACACACCACUGAGCAUCGUGGCCAGCGAGUCCUGUCGCGUCCUUCCGCUGCGCUAUCAACGGGAUCAGGUGCACGACGGCCUGCAAGCCUAUCGCUAUGCCCUGCUCCAGGCCAACGAGUCGGCGCCCGCCUGCAUGGACAGCACAUAUGGUGUCCAGCUGCCGCGCGGCAUGUUCGACGUCUCCAAGUGCGUGAUAAAUGAUGCGCCGUCGGCCUUCUCGAUGCCGCAUUUCUAUGGCAGCAGCUACGAUUGGCGCCAGCAUUUCGAGGGCCUCAAUCCCAAUGCCGAGGAGCAUGAGCCCUAUCUGCUGCUGGAGCCCAUCAUGGGCGUGCCCAUCAAUGAGAAAUAUCGCUUUCAGUCCAAUACGCCGCUGCCGGACUUCAAGAACUUCAGCCCGAAGCUGCAAAAGCUGCGCAACAUGAUUUUGCCCGUCUUCUGGUACGAAUUCGACAUGGAUCAUCUGCCCGGCUUUGUGCUCCUGAUGAUACGCUUCAAUGUCGUCUGGCUGCCCAGGCUGCAGCCCGUGCUGAUGGCUCUGCAGCUGUUCCUCGCCCUCUGGUCCCUGCUCAGCCUGGUGCGACGCGUCAGCCGGAGUCGCAGCUACGGCGAGCUCUAUCGCAAGAUGGGCGGCGGGCCCGUUGUGCAGCUGGAGACCGUAUUGAAUCCGCAACCACAACAUGAUCCCAAGUCUGUCAAAUAGUCACAGACACGUGCGUGUAUCUUAUAGAUACGUUUUAGGUUUAGCUACGUAGCUUUAGACACGGAUCACCUCAUCGGCUGUGCUUAUCAGCAAUAGCAAUAGGAACAAUAAUACUAAUAAUAAUGAUAAUGAUAAUGAUACUGUA